GCAGCCAACCGGAUCUACCUGGUGGAUGCCCUCCUGCCAGGCAUCCCCAUGAGCUGCCAGGUUGUGAUGAACGAUGGCACGCCGGGUCCGCGGCGAAAUCGGGACGGUGUUGCCGUGUCUCGCCUCAUGAUCUGGAUGAACCAAGUCCGUACCCUGCAGCAGCCCGGUGGCCUCCCUCCGGAUACACGCUGGAUCGUGGUCCUCGAUGACGACGUGUAUGUAAACCUUGCGCGGCUCUAUUACUUCUUGGCCGGCCACGCGUCCAAAGACCAGCACCCGGUGAUGUUCACGCAUGUUCUCUCCGACACCGAGGUCUACGACUUCGACCGGCCCUGCCUCAGCGCGGGUGCGGCGAUCCUGAGCCGUGCGGCCUUCGAGCUGCUGGCGCCGCACGCCUCCUGCAAGAACCGGGCUGGGCCGGGCUUGGGCCGCGAUGCCUCCCUGUGCAAUCUGACGACAGCACGUAGCUGA